GGGGCACCGGUCCGUGAGUGCUGGUCGUUGUGAAGCAACUAUUCGGUAGCUCCUCUGUGUGGCUUGUGGUAUAUUUCUCUUCGAUCAUCAGACGUGUCGCAUUUAUGGGUGUUUACCGCGAUUGCAACGCGAUGGUCUAGAACUAAAAACGAACUACACCAAGAUGAUGCGAAAAGAUCGGUUUCGUUCCCGGCGGUGGAGCGCCCGCGGCGCGUGGAUCAUGACGGCCCGCAGCGCGUGGAUCAUGGCCUGUAUUUGUGUCGCUUUAUUUCAGCAGCACGAGCCAUCUUUCCUGUGUGCUGUCAACGCUUUACUUCGCGGCCGUGAUAGUGCACCGCCUCCGAUAGAUACCGCUCCAUCGGAUGACGCGGCCGUAAAAGCGUCCCUAGAGGACGACGGGCGCAUAGAGCUCAUACAACGCACGGGCCAGCAUCGCGCCGCCAGUGGUUCUCCGCCCACAUCAUCAUCAUCAUCAUCUCCAGAACGAUCGAACGCCACACGGCAGGAACUUUUGUCUCUAGGUGCAGCCGAUAGAAAUGAUGUUCCAACUAUCCUGAGUAAAAACGUACCCACACCAGAGUCAAGAUGAGGACUUUGCAACACAAACCUGGGAGUUUUAGGAGUCACACAUGACAAGUUGCACUAUGCAGUGUAGUGCAGGUUAGCAAGUGCAGCCGCAUCACAGAUUCAUCUGCUCAUCCUGUUCACAGCAUCACAAAUUCCAAAACACAAUUGGAAAUGGCUCUCAUGGGGAUGCGCAUUACAAGUCUUCCUGUCUUUACAAAUCUGCAUUACAACUCUGGUGUGGGUACGUUGUUACUCAGGAUAGUUCUUGAUCUGGCUGGUUUCGCGAUCGACGGCAGCCGGGACGCCACCGGCGGCGAUGGCCACGCGCCGUCGCCGGAAGGGAAGAAGAUGCUCUGCCUGCUGCGGAAGCACGUGGAGUUUGGGCCCCACGCGAAGUGGGUCAAAACGCCCGCCUCGCUGCGGCACUACGACGAGGGGCAGACGAAGGAGCUUGUGCCGCCGCUUACCGACAAGACGUGCGCGGUCGUGUCGAACUCCGGGGCACUGCUGAAUCACGAGUACGGCGCCGAGAUUGACCAGCACGACUUUGUAUCGAAUGCAAAUAUGUAGUCUGGGACUGGGUCUGGAAGAGUGGAAGAUUUGUCAUGCACGUUUUCCAUGAUCGAUGAGGUCUGUAAUGCAUGGUCUAGCAUCACAGAUUUUGAGAGGGCUUCCUGAUGCCGCUUCCGCAUGAGAAAUGCCCUCCCCGCGUAGCACAGACUGGACUCUUCUUGCAGGGCAUGCAAUACAGUUUUUUUUCGAAUCCGAAGACAGCAUCACAAGUUACAACCUUCCAGACCCAGAGAGUUUUGCAUUUGAUACUUUGUCGUGCGCAUGAACAGCGCGCCGACCGACGGGUGGGAAAAGCACGUGGGGGGAAAACAGGACGUGUAUGUCGGCAUCAAGGACGUUCUGCAGGAGAUUUGCGCGGGACCGGAGGCGCUGCAACAAGCGCACUACCUGCGCAGGGGGUCCGUCGCCUGGGAGUGGGACCGCUUGCAGGCCACGCGAAAACUGCGGCUGGCGCAGCAAAAGCCGGAGGUCCUUCUGCGCCCUGAUGCUGAUGCUGAAAAUAACGGCGACAGCAAAGAUGUUGGGGCAGAUGAGCAGGAGGGGAACAAGAUUCUUGCAACAAACACAACGACCUCCAAGUCCGAGGAAAAAGAUGGUGCGGAGGUCGGGCAAGGGCAGCACGAGAAAAUAAUUCUGACCGAGCAUGGUCUUCCACGACCGUCAUCUUCAACCGUCGCUCCAACUGGUUCGUCCACCCCACGUAUCCUGAGUAAAAACGUACCCACACCAGAGUCAAGAUGGGGAUUUUGCAACACAAACCUAGGAGUUUUGUGAGUCACGCAUCACAAGUUGCAGUCCGUAGUGUAGUGCAGGUUCGCAAGGCCAGCUGCAUCAGAAAUCCAUCUGCUCAUCCUGUUUACAGCAUUACAAAUUCCAAAAGACGAUUGGAAAUGGCUCUCAUGUGGAUGCGCAUUACAGGUCUUCCUGUCUUUGCAAAUCUGCAUUACAACUCUGGUGUGGGUACCUUUUUACUCAGGAUACCACGACCUCCUUCGUCACAGUUUUACACCCACGACGCCGAAGAAGACUUUUCUGAUGAUAUCAAAAUGAAAAAUUUCCCCUCCCCAUAUUGAAAAGCUAUGUUUUCGAAAAUUUGUGUUGCUGAUUUGAGGUCACAAAUCACACGUGUCUUGCAAGACGAAAAGGGCAGAAGCUUCGGCCCCAUUAUGGAAGCGAUUUGUCAUGCUGUCGGGCUUAAAGGGGAGUCGUUUGCCAUGCUGAACAACUAGACCCAUACACCCCUGCCUAGCCUGGGGAUCUGGCCGCAGUGCCUUCCUGCAAUACAAAGCUGAUUCGUGUACACAAAUCCAGCAUCAGAAAUUUCGUUUUGAUAUGGGGAGGGGGGAUUUUUCGUUGCAAUAGAUGAGAAGGGUCACAGUACACCUACAAGCAAGGCAAGGGACGACGUGGAAGGGGGUGUUUUAUUUCCUUGGUCGAUUUCUUCCCCGUGGUCGUCGGCGAUGGAGGUUGUGCAACAAGGAAGUAGAGCUGCGGAGGGUAAAAAUGUUCCUCCAUCGCGCACCUCUCCACAACCUGCGGCAACCACGACCAGCGUCCUCUCGUCCUCACAUCAGGACUACAACAAGCGCGUACAGGCAGUUUUGCAGGAAACAAGCAAAGACAAUUAUGGGAAAACAAGUAAGGCAAUUUACGUCGAAAUGUUGGAUCCAAAGGAAACAGAACAGCUCGUGCCCCGAUGCGCCAGGAACAACAUCACCCUGAAGGCCUUUGCGAAUCUCGGGCAUGGCGUCACCCGAAACAUAGAUCCCGAGCUUUCUGCGUUGCUCGCCGCCAUGUAUCCAGCUGCUCCUGUACCGGAAGGAGGGACGCGAGGUGGUCGUGGGUUUACUAGUGCAACAGGUGGAGGUACUACAACUACAAAUAGUACAACAGCAACAGUGGCGUUGUCUACAACUGGGACAACAACUUCGAUGAAUAAAACAAUCAAACAGCCUGCUUCAACAUCACUUUCUCCUGCUGCGGGUGGUCUGCGACUCCCGGGACUACCGAGCCUCGCAACCACUACGGGGUUCCGUGCGGUGGUCCUGAUGGCGGCACAUUGCAAGCAUGUGGACUUGUACGAAAUGGCGCCGAGCCGCGCCGCGGUGAACAGAAAUAAAUACCAGUACUUCAAGAACCGGUGUUGCGGCGCCAAGGACCUGGAGCGGAUCGAGGCCGCUGUCAAGUUGUACGCCGGAGAUGAUCAUGAUACUCGUCAUAUCAAAAUGAAAAAUCCCCCCACCCCAUACUCAAACUAGAAAUUUGUGAUGCAGAUUUGUGGUCACAAAUCAGCUUUGUCAUGCUAGAAGGGAAAAGAUGUGGACUGUAGUGCUGGUUGGCGUGGGAAUAAACCUUUGCGUCUUCAACAUAACAAAAAACAACUAAAAGUGGGAAACAGCAUGACAAAUUGCCUGCAACUGAGGCCACAGCUGCGUCUCUUGGCCUUCUAGCAUUACAAGUCGAUUUGUGUACUCAAAUACAGCAUCACAGGUUUCGUUUUCGAUAUGGGGAGGGGGGAUUUCUCCUUUUGAUACGUCACGACCGGGGGGCUUCGAUGGGAGAUGAAGCCUCACGUCCACCAGUUCUUCAGUCAGCGAUAGUACAACAACUCGUAUCCUGAGUAAAAACGUACCCACACCAGAGUUGUCAUGCAAACCUGCAUGCCAAAAAGGUUUGUCAUGCGGAGCGCCAUGAGAGGCAUUGUCUAGUCGUGUUUUGGAAUUUGUGAUGCUACAAUCAGCAUGAUAUACUAGAUCUGUGAUGCUGCUGAACUACCUAAACAGGAUUACACUACGAAGACGAACUUGUCAUGCCAAACGACCAAAGCUGGCUGAUUUGUCUAGCAGAUUUGCCAUCUUGACUCUGGUGUGGGUACGUUUUUACUCAGGAUAACUCGUGAGUCAACAUCAAGGGAGGACCCAAGCGGAGGAAAGAACAGGCAGGAAUAAAGCAGGAGAGAAUUAUAAAGCGCGCUUCUUCAAACGCAGCGGGCAGACCGGUAUGAUGACCGCCAGUGACGAAAGCUUCUUCGCAGCCGGCACUACGAAGGACAAGUUCUUGUACGAAGAUGGAACGAAAGCUAAAGAUGAUCUAGAUCUUCUUGGUCAGCGAACAACCAACACAGCAAGUGCAAGAGUACUACCGGGAAAAGAAGAAGACUUUUCCCUUCGAGAGAUCGCCGCUCGUCGAGAACAAGAAGGAGCAGAAGCAGAUGAAGAGGACGGUGCUGAUAUCAAAAGGAAAAAUCCCCCCUCCCCAUAUCAAAAGGAAGUUUCUGAUGCAGGAUUUGCGUACACAAAUAAGAUUUGUCUUGCUGGAGAGGAAUGCAGCCCCGUACUAAGCCUAAGUAGAGAGGUUCUGGCCUAGGCGUCUAGCAUGAGAAACUUCCGUGCUGUAGGCCCAUCAGCAUCACAAACCGCCUGCACAAUGCUGCGGAGCUUGUGGAGUUGCCUUCUUGCAAGACAGACGGGAUUUGAGGUCUCAAAUCAGCAACGCAAAUUUCCGGAAACAUACCUCUUCGAUAUGGGGAGGGGGUAUUUUUCCUCUUAAUAGCUGACACUGCCAUGUCAGGUGACUCGCGGUCCACUCUUUCCGACCUCUCUCGCUCUACAGAAGCGGAGACCUACAAAAUGAAGAUGCAGAGGACGUCAGCAGGAAAAGAAAAGAACAACAGCGACACAGACACUGAGCACGGACGGCCGGUGCAACCCCGCGGCACGGUAGAAAUCGUAGCCGGCGCAGGACAGGAGCAGGAGCACGACGAUGUUGAAGCGUUUCAUCUCGAACAGAUGGAUACGCAGGACCUGGAACAACAUCAACACCGAGCGGGCCGUACCGUGACGGGGCAGCUGCAGUUGGACAGCUACAAGGAACCGGAGCCCUGGGGGACGGGGGCUUUGCAAAACGAUUGGCACUCGCUUAUGGCGUAGUUCUCAAACGUUACAUUCAUCUCAACUGUUACAUGGAUUUUAUUUGUAAUGCAAGAACAGCAACAGUGAAUGAAAUGUGAAAGUGGCAAGAUUGCAGCUUUCGCAUUACAGAUUUUCCACAGAUUGUGAUGCUGUUUAGCCCUUCGAAAAUUUGGCAUGUUAAGCACACCUUGAUCAAGUGGAGGGUGAUGGCAAUUUUGCAUGACAAUUCCGUGUAACAGUUGAGAACGUAGUAUCAGUUGAGAAUGCCAUAUCGCUGUACCGCGCCGAGCACGACUUCUACCGGCGCACCGCCAUCACACCGGCGGCCGAGUCCUUCGAAACGGGAAAGGUGCGACUGCCCGGGCUGGCGAGUCUGGACUGUGAGGAGGAAGAAGACGCGAAUUGA